AUGAUGAACAACAGAGUCACCUUGCCUCCUAUCUCGGACAUUUUCACAAACAAGAAUGUCGGCUCUGUGCCUCAACAACCAGCUUUUGCUCCAUACCACAGACCCAUGCCAGCACCUGGUCCAGGCCCUCACGCCUCGCCUUAUCCAGCCAUGCCUGUCUACCUGUACCAGUACAUGUACAACUCGCCUCCACAACACCACCACUCUCCUUACGGCACUGCUUCUUAUACCCCAUACGCCGUGGCUCCCGCCGCCGGCUCCCAGCAUAGCGAGGCUGCUCCCCAGGGAUCCUUGCCGCUUUUGCACAGAAACCUGAAUUCCAGCGACCGUCGUCCUUCGGUGGCGCUGCCCACAUCUCCAGGAUCGCCACUGUCAAAAGCGCUGACUCCCGAAGCCAGCGGCUUGGCUACGCGGGCCAGAACUAGAAACAACUUGCCCAAGGAAACCACCUACAUCUUGUUGAAGUGGUUGAACGACCACUUGAACCACCCUUACCCCAACUCGUUCGAAAAGACGCAGUUGAUGAUGACGACGGGCCUCAACCAGCAGCAGUUGAGCAACUGGUUUAUCAACGCCAGAAGAAGAAAGAUCAAGGUUUUGCGCCAGAAACAGAAGCUGGCCUCCGCCUAA